GUUUUCAUCUUGGCACCACUCCCCACUCCCCACCAUUCCCAUUCGUUUCUCAGCGAUGCCAAAGCCAAGGCACCAGGCCACCGCCGUCGGUGUGAUUGAAUCUGGUAGGAUGACCCGCGGUAAGAUCUGUCCCACAAGUGCCCUAGCACCUAGGGCCUCCGCAUCCACCCAAGGUGCGGCAGGAAGCCAGAAGAAGAUAUCGAUGGAGGAUGAGGAGAAGGGCUCAUCCACCGUGCCUGCCAUGUAUGAUGUCAACGCCGAUAUUGAAGAGGAGUACCGGUUAUUCUUAGAGAACGCGCGUGUCUAUGAGAAUGAAGAUUUUGUGGUGGAGUAUGGGGGCAAGGUGAUCAGAUAUGGAGAAGCGGUGGAUGAUGAUGGUUGCACAGAAGUUCCCGUCGAGAAGGAGAAGAAGAUGGUGGUGGUGAUCAGCUCGGAUGAGUCUUCCGAUGACUGUGCGAUGGGAAUGACUGACCACACUUUGCUUGAAUGUGAGAUGCCUCAGAAAAAGGCAAAAAAUGUGGAAGAUGAGAAGAAAAGGUCCAUUCUUCCUCCUGAUGGAGAAGAAGCUCCCAUAGAGCAUGCUGAGAAGGAAUCAUCUGGAGUUAUAUGGCCUGCACAUAUAAAUGAAAGGGAAGAAUCAGAGUUCAAGCAAAGAUUGAUUGGUGCUCUUAGCAAACCAUUUUGCCACCAAGAGUAUGACAAGCUCUAUCGCAUGGCUACUAAUCGUAAUCGACUGAUGAAGGAACGCCAGAUGCGCGGUCGUGUGAAGUAUUACUAUCCUGAUGACGGGAUAGAGAAAUCAUAUUUUGACUCCUAUCCAGACCUUGCCAAACAAGUUGAAGAAACAAGCUAUCCCAAACGCCUGGCUCUGUUGCGUGGACUAUUCUUCUGGUUGGAGAACGUUGGGCAAGAUCACCAAUUCAGGCCAUGGAGAGAUGAGCACAGACGUUACAAAGUAAUUUUUUGCUGAGGAGAAAAUAAAAACAGUGUUGCUACUUGAAUGUGCUAGGUUUUACCCGAUGGUGUUACCUGUGUCAAUCAUUUGUACCUUCCUCAAAUGUUACACACAUCAUUUUCUUUUCAACAUAUAAGGUGCUGCAAAUUUUAAAUUUUAAAACAUAA